AUGCUUCGCCUUUUCCUGUGCAUUCUCGUCUUCAUUCUGGGUCUCGCCGCGGCUAGUCCCGCAUACGAUUUUUCAGAAAUUUUCGACCCGACGGGGGCCGAGGGUUUCGACGCAACGUAUAUGAUGAACCCUGCGUAUCUCAUCAAAAAGCGUUCCGAAUCCCGCGAACACCGUGCCCUUCCCCUCUCGACGAUGAAACAACAGCUCUAUCUCUCGCGAUUGGGC